AUGUACUCUCCAAGUAUGUCAUCCAGCGAAUCCUGCAGUGAGUUCAAUGAUUCUGAUCAUCACAUCAUGUUCCCAGACAUCUAUACAUUAAUGAUGAGCCGUGGAGUCACCAUUGACAAGUCAAUGAUGACAAUUUUACCACCAGAGAUCACUUUACAUGAACCUGAAGUCAACAUUGACAUAUCCCUCAAGAAGAGAAAAGAGGGCAAGCGCACUCUCUUUUCAGAUUCCCAACGUUCUGUCCUUAUGCACUGGUUGAAGAAUCAUCAGAGCAAUCCUUAUCCGACAUCCUCCGAAAAGCAAGAGUUGAUGGAGAAAACAGGUCUAAAUCGUGACCAGAUCAAUGUUUGGUUUACAAAUAACAGAGUUCGUCACGGAAUGUCAUCAUCUUCUCACCACCGUGGCAGAAGCUCACAUUCACACUCAUUCUCACUACACGCUUCCCAUUAA